AAUGAUCGCCCUCAUCUAGCCGACUUGCUUCCUAGCCUAUCAGCUCGUCGUCAAUUCAAGUACUCUGGUGCGGUUGAGACUGCUGCAGCGGUACGGUUUGUUUCCGACCAGGCAGUCGGAUCUUCACCGGAAGUGGCUCGACGGCCUGAGGCUUUCAUGGCUCUAGCCAAAGACGCCAUACUUGGACCACCCUCGGAAAUCGUCUAUGGAGUUGUAUCUGGACUCCUGCUUUUAGUUCUCCUUCUUCUAGUCGGCCAUAUCUUGCAGCCAGAUCCCAGUUCAGAAUGGCUCGCCGCUUGUCGGAUUUACUUACGCUCUGUAAGUACCGUGGCCUACGAUAAGUCGACAUCAGAUAAUGGGCAAUCAGUACCUCCUUUUGCCUCUGCCACCGUCUCCAAUAAUUCAAACGCAACUGCUUCUCUGGCGAUAGCUCAGGUUGCAGCUCGCCAUCACAGACGGGUGGUGAGUCAACAUACCCGCUCGGCUAGGCUUCUCUACGUUGGUAUGCUGAUCGCUUAUCUGACAGUCAAAGCAGCUUACACUUUUGGCGUCACACUUACCACACUUAUCAUACUGAUCCGCUACUUUACUCGGGAGCCUUCAACUCAGCUAUCAAGUCUACCCGACUGGUCCUCGAUUGGUGGUCUGGGCGUCAACUUGUCUCGCCAGCGCCUCCUUGAAGAUCCUAUGGAUGUGCAUCUUCAUCGCGAGUUGGCUCGGCAGCAGGAGCAAGCCUCCGCCAUUCAGGCAGCCUGUGAAUCAGGAGUGGAGGCUCUCUUUGACCAGAUGGAAGAGGUUAGUUUACUGCUAGGAACAAAAAGAGAAAAGGAGAAGGAACUACAUACAUUGUAA